AUGAAAUUGAUUUUAAUUGAUAUUGGAUCAUACGGAAAGGAAGGCGACAGCAGAAUAGUUGAAAGGUUUGCUAUUUAUCAAAUGAUCAACAAUGAGGACACCAUGCCGCCUGACCAGUCUUUACCUGGAAUGAAAAUACCUCUUCCUCAUGUAAUCAUUGGAGACGAAGCAUUCUGGCUCUCGCGACAUGUUUUACGUUCAUAUCCUAAGAAUCAAGCGACCACCGAUGUACAAAAACAAAUUUUUAAUUACCGAUUAUGUAGAGCACGUCGAACCACCGAGAAUGCAUUUGACCUGCUUUGUCAAACAUUUAGAAUCUUUUAUUCACCUAUUGCAAUUGAACCUACGGUUGUAGAUUUAAUUAUAAUGGCUACAUGUUGCCUUCAUAAUUUAAUGAGAGCUGAAUGUCCAACGAGAAUAUCAGAGGGGAGUUUGGGAACAAACUUGCCUAGAGAAAAUAUGAUAAAUUUGCAUCAUAUUGGCGGUAAUUCAUCAGCACAGAACUGA